CAAGAUGGAAUACUCCCAUCUCCAUCUCAGCUCAACAACAGACCAACUUCAGGUAUGGAGAAGUUACAGCAGGAUUUCCUAGACCUAGAUGUUCCAUCCUUAUGCGAGAUAUUUCGUCUGAAAAAUGAACAAGAAGAACUCGCAGACUUUAGCUUUAGCUUUGGACAAUCAGAUCUUUGUGAAGGUCUAAUAAGCUGGGUAUCUAGGGAUAGAGAAUCCAGACAAAUUCAUAUUCACACACUCAGGCAGUACGUUUGUCUCCAUCAGGUGAGUGGGAGUACUAAGAAGAAGUACUGCAAGUUGCUCCACGAUAUAACGAACCAUGAUCUGAUCUAUCAAGAGGAGGAGGGGGAGGGAAGGACAGGGGUUACUUAUGGGCAGAUAGAACAGGACUGCAUAGGAAUCUGGUGUCCUAACCGGCGUAUUCCUGGCCUCCUCCUAAUCCAUGCCUGGAACCCGAACGACAUGAACACUUUGACAUCGGACCAUGUCAAGUGCCACUUUGUACGCCCGAGCAUAGACAGAGAUGGAAGGGAUGAAGUGCUUCGCCCAGAUGUUCUCUACAGUGUACGCGAGGUUGGAGAACUUAGUGAGGGUGAAACCCACUGGUUAACCAGCAAUAACCCUUCUCCUCUACCUAACGGCUCAACUAUGAUGCUAACUAUUGAUUGUGGGAUUAUAUGCGGACAGGGAUAA